UAAAGUUGAAAUAUAAAAUCGAAAAUUUUAACAAAAUAAUAGCAGUUUUAAGCUACGGCAGUCCAUUUGUACGUAGAAGAUAAGUCAUCGGGACAAUUUUUUUUUUUUAUUUAUAGUACGUAACAUAAGCUUUAAUUUAACAUAUGAUUUAAGGACGCAGUAUUUCCGGAACAUUUUCAAAAGUUAAGUAGAAAAUGUUAGCUUUUAUAAAAAAGUUUGAUUCCUCUCUUGUGAGUAGUAAAUAGUCAGAUUUACAAAAAUAUUAUACAAAAUAAAAGCAAAAUACCUAAGGAUUCUAUUAAAAAAAAUGAUGUUGAUUUUCUAAUCAAAGUAAUCAAAAACAUUAAACUUGUCACGCACAAAUAUCAAUACAAUGUUGAACAUUUCAAAUCUAUUCUUGUCUACAAUUUUUAUACAAUGUUUUUACAUCGAUAAAAUUCAAUCAGAUAAGUUGUUGUUUGAAAACGAACAAUAUUUGGAAAAAGAAAUGAUAAAAGGAGUGUGGAGAAACAUCAGGACUGAUGGCUCUACAAUUGGUACUUCAUAUAAGGAUAUUCAGACAUGGAAAAAUGAUAACGUAACAGAAGAUGUAUGGAUGACGUGGCUUUAUCCUCACUAUAAAGAUGCCAUGGUGUACCGAUCAUUGAAAUAUGUAUAUGUAUUGGCCCAUUAUGGUAGUAUGGUUGUAGAACCAAUAAAUUAUGAUAAAACUAUUACAAAAUUUAGUACCGCGGUAUAUACUAUAAGUAAUUUUUUUGAGUUUAUUCUUUUAAAAAAUGAAGUCCUAGAAAACAUCAGAAAUAUUUCAGAAAAUUUCAAAUAUUUACCGAAAAAAGAAAAUUCCUUUCCACAUUUUGGAAUAGUAACACUUUUUAGUGAAAUAAUAAAAAUCAUAGAUAUUUUUUUUGAAGGUGAAAAAUUGAUACAACGUAUUAAUAAUGGGCGUUCUCUUGUACUCUUAGGAGGAAGCAAUUGGGAUACGUACGAAUCUAUAAUAAGUCAAAACUUAAUAGAUAACAAAUAUUAUCCUCCAACAGAAAUUAAAGACAAAAAUGAGGAAAUAAUUGAAGCUAUUAACAUUCUCAUUACUAACGUAGUAAAAGAAUAUAAAAUAUUUCUUCAUGCCAAUGAAAUUAACAAAGAAAAAUCUAUAAUAAAAAAUUUUAUUGUAUGAGUUUUUUUUUUAAUUUAAAGUCUAAAAUCUAAUUUACAAUACAAUUCCAUAGAUUUUUAAACAAUUAUCCUGUAAAUGCAAACACUUUUUUUUAGCUAAAAGUAUAUCAAUAAAUAGUAUUUGAUUUAUGAGUAUAAUUUUAGAAUUAAUAUUUAUUAUAGCAAUUAAUUAUAGUAUGAAAUUGAUAUUUAAUAAUUUAGUAUUGUAAUUUUUACUGAGAAAUUAUAUAGUAGUACUCUUAUGGCAAACGUGUAUAAAAAUUGAAGGGCUUGUUACAAAUGUAAUACAUUAUAUGAAUGUAAUAAUUCCUGAGAUAUUCAUAAUUUGUUAUAACAUCAAGUAUUUCAUUUAUUUGAUGAUCUUGUGAAUAAAGUAGUACUAGUACUAAUGAAAUUUUGAGUAAUAAUGCUGUUUCUGUUAUUGGAAAUGUGUUAUUAUUGUUUAUAAAAGCAAAAAGAAAUCUUUGUAUGUUUUGAGUUUUUUAUAUAUUAAUAUCGAGAUGUACUUCCUACUUCCUACUACGAGGGUUACUUCCCAAAGAAUAAGAGUUAUGAUAUUAAAAAAGUGAUAUUUGCACUUAAUGAUGUUAUUGCGAUAAUUAUUGAUUAUUUGUUUAAAAACAAACUUAACUACAGUAAUUAAUUCCUUUUUUGUUGGGUUGUUCAUUAAUAUUGGACUAGGUUCCGUCUAGCUGGUGCUCCGCCCCAGACCCAAGGCCCUACGAGCCUUACGCGCUUCCGCGCGUAAGC